UAUCUCCUAUAAAUAUCCCCCAUAAAACCAAAUAAAUGCAACUCAUCAAAACAAGAAAAUUUAGAAGAAAAGACUAUGGAGAAGUUAACUCUUGUGGUUGCUUUCUUGCUUCUUGCAUCAUUGAUUCAACCUCUCACGGCUCAGUCCGGUUGCCCAGGAGUGACAAAAGAUAGAUGGCCAGAACUUCUUGGAGUACCAGCAAGAUUGGCUAGGGAAACAAUUCAAAAGGAAAAUCCAAGACUAACUAAUGUUGGAAAUGUACUAAAUGGUUCUCCUGUUACACAAGAUUUUAGAUGUGAUCGAGUUCGUCUUUUUAUUAAUGUUUUGGAUUUUGUUGUACAAGUUCCUCGGGUUGGUUAACGAGAAAAAAUAUUUAUUUG